AACAGUUAAUCUCGCGCCUGCGCACAGCGGAUCUUGUGCCUUCCCGCGUUUUUCGAGACUUAUUAGUCCGCCACCUGAGGAGGAAAAGCUGCGGCAGCGGGCGUCUCUAUUAGAGGCGGGAUGUCCACUGAGGCCUGAAAGGACCCCGGAGGUGGUGGCCUUUCUUCACGCGUGUGCAUCUAGAGGUCACUCAUCCAUCACCAACACUGGAUUAACAUGCCCAGUCUGUGGUCACCCUCUUCAGACAGUGUGUCUUCCCCAAGUCAGAAGUCUGUGGGAAGUGCACAGAAGGCCCUGUCUCCUUGUUCCCCCACCAGUUUAUCCUGUGAUGAUGGGAGCUCACAGGAUACUGCGCAGCGGAGCAGUCCCUCUGUGUCAACUAGUGAAGACAGUGACUUUGAAGACCACUCAAGACGCAAUGUGAGGAAGAGAGCAGCGAAACGACCACUCAAAGCUGCCCCAGUGGCAAAACAUCGGAAGAAGCGGUCCCAAAUAAUACCUAGUGGGAAUAACAAGAAUGAAUCAGUGCUUCCAACCAAUGAUCUCUUUGAUGCUGUGAAAGCUGCCAAAAGUGACAUGCAGUCUUUGGUGGAUGAAUGGCUAGAAAACUACAAGCAAGAUGAAAAUGCAGGAUUCUUGGAGCUCGUUAAUUUUUUCAUCCGAUCCUGUGGAUGUAAAAGUACUGUAACUCCUGAGAUGUUCAGGAUGAUGUCCAACUCAGAGAUCAUCCAGCACCUAACAGAACAGUUUAAUGAGGACUCAGGGGACUAUCCCCUGACAGCUCCAGGCCCAUCCUGGAAGAAGUUCCAGGGAAGCUUCUGUGAGUUUGUGAAGACAUUGGUCUAUCAGUGCCAGUACGGCCUCCUCUAUGAUGGCUUUCCUAUGGAUGAUCUUAUUUCCCUGCUCAUUGGCCUCUCAGAUUCCCAGGUCCGCGCCUUCCGUCAUACUAGUACCCUGGCUGCCAUGAAGCUAAUGACUUCUCUAGUAAGAGUUGCACUCCGAUUGAGUCUGCACAAAGAGAACAAUCAGCGUCAGUAUGAGGCUGAACGAAACAAGGAUCCAGAGCAGAGAGCACUGGAGCGACUGGAGAGUCUGCUGGAGAAACAAAAAGAGUUCCAAGAGAAUCAAGAAGAGAUAGAGGAGAUGAUGAAUGCUAUCUUCAGAGGUAUUUUUGUCCAUCGGUACAGGGAUGUCCUUCCUGAGAUCCGUGCUAUCUGCAUCGAGGAGAUUGGGUGUUGGAUGCAAAGCUACAGCACCUCCUUUCUUAAUGACAGCUACCUAAAAUACAUUGGCUGGACCCUGCAUGAUAAGCACAAGGAAGUCCGCCUAAAGUGUGUGAAGGCCCUGGAAGGGCUGUACAGCAAUCAGGAGCUGAGCACACGCAUGGAGCUCUUUACCAACCGUUUCAAGGACCGGAUGGUUUCCAUGGUCAUGGACAAAGAGUGUGAAGUGGCAGUGGAGGCCAUCAGGUUGCUGACCCUUAUCCUGAAGAACAUGGAGGGAGUACUGACCAAUGCAGACUGUGAGAAAAUCUACUCCAUUGUGUACAUUUCUAAUCGUGCUAUGGCCUCUUCUGCAGGGGAGUUUGUGUACUGGAAGAUCUUCUAUCCUGAGUGUGAGGCAAAAGCAGUGGGUGGCAGGGAGCGACGCCGGAGUUCACAAGCCCAGAGGACUUUCAUCCACCUUCUACUGGCCUUCUUUAUGGAGAGUGAGCAUCACAACCAUGCUGCUUACUUGGUAGAUAGCUUAUGGGACUGUGCACAGUCUUAUCUGAAGGACUGGGAGAGUCUGACCAGCCUGCUACUGCGGAAGGACCAGAAUCUGGGUGAUAUGCAAGAGAGAAUGCUGAUAGAAAUCCUUGUGUCCAGUGCCCGGCAAGCUGCGGAGGGUCACCCACCAGUGGGGCGCAUCACAGGGAAGAAGGGUUUGACUGCCAAAGAACGCAAACUUCAAGCUUAUGACAAGGUGAAGCUGGCUGAGCACCUCAUCCCCCUCUUACCUCAGCUCCUGGCCAAGUUCUCAGCAGAUGCAGAGAAUGUUGCUCCCCUGCUCCGACUGCUUAGUUACUUUGACCUCAGCAUUUAUUGCACUCAGCGCUUGGAGAAGCACUUGGAGCUGCUUCUGCAACAACUCCAGGAGGUGGUGGUGAAGCAUGUGGAGCCUGAGGUGCUUGAGGCUGCAGCACGUGGCCUCUAUCUGCUCUGUAAGCCAGAGUUUACCUUCUUUAGCAGAGUGGACUUUGCCCGAAGCCAGCUAGUGGAUCUUCUUACGGAUAGAUUCCAGCAGGAGCUUGAUGAUCUAAUGCAGUCAUCCUUCCUAGAUGAGGAUGAGGUGUACAGUCUGACAGCCACUCUGAAGCGUCUCUCUGCCUUUUACAAUGCUCAUGACCUGACUCGCUGGGAGAUCUCUGAACCAUGUUAUCAACUCCUCCAGAAAGCUGUGGACACUGGAGAAGUUCCUCACCAGGUGGUUUUGCCGGCCUUGAGUCUUGUAUAUUUUUCCAUUCUAUGGACGGUAACCCACAUUUCAGAAUCUACUUCCCAAAAGCAGCUGAUGAGUUUGAAGAAAAGAAUGGUAGCCUUCUGUGAACUUUGCCAGAGCUGCCUCUCAGAUGUAGAUCCAGAGAUUCAGGAGCAGGCUUUUGUCUUACUGAGUGAUUUGCUUCUCAUCUUCAGCCCUCAGAUGAUUACAGGGGGACGGGAUUUCCUUCGGCCCCUUGUCUUUUUUCCGGAAGCUACUCUCCAGUCGGAACUAGCCAGUUUCCUCAUGGAUCACGUCUUUCUCCAGCCUGGAGAACUGGGCAGUGGUCAGUCCCAAGAGGAUCAUGUCCAGAUAGAGCUCCUGCACCAGCGGCGCCGCUUGCUUGCCGGGUUUUGCAAACUGCUGCUCUAUGGGGUACUAGAGCUAGACGCAGCCUCAGACGUUUUCAAACACUAUAGCAAGUUUUAUGAAGACUACGGUGACAUUAUCAAGGAAACAUUAACUCGAGCAAGACAAAUUGACCGAUGUCAGUGCUCUCGGAUCCUGCUUCUGAGCCUAAAGCAGCUGUACACAGAACUGAUGCAGGAGCAGGGGCCCCAGGGCCUGACGGAACUGCCUGCCUUCAUCGAGAUGAGGGACCUGGCCCGAAGAUUUGCCUUGAGCUUUGGACCCCAGCAGCUUUACAACCGAGACCUUGUGGUCAUGCUGCAUAAGGAAGGCAUCAAGUUCUCAUUGUCUGAGCUUCCUCCUGCUGACUCUUCUCGUGAGCCGCCAAAUCUUGCAUUCCUGGAGCUCCUUUCAGAGUUCUCCCCCCGCCUCUUCCACCAGGACAAGCAGUUACUACUAUCCUACCUGGAAAAGUGUCUUCAGCAUGUCUCCAAGGCACGUAGCCAUUCCUGGGGUCCAGUUACCACUUACUACCACUCCCUCAACCCUGUAGAGAACACAGCAGAGGCCAGCCCUCAGGGACCCUCCCACUCAAAGAAGAAGCGUGUUGAAGGCUCUUGUAGGUCUCAGGGAGAAGAGCUCUCAUCCCAAGAAGAAAGCCUUCAACUGAACAGUAGCUACCCAAAACCUACCCUCACCUCCACAGCAGUAAAGAGAAGACAGUCCCUGAGGCUAGUGGGCAAGAGGCAAAAAGGUAGACCAGGACCAGAGCUGAUCUGCAGUCAGCAACUUCCAGGCACCCAGAGGUUGAAGAUGUCGAGUGCACAGUAUUUCCAGAUUCAGUGUGAUCCUUCAGGCUCUGGUUUGGGCAAGCAACUGACCCAACUCAGCCUUAUGGAAGAGGAUGAGGAAGAAGAGCUAGGACUUAUGGAUGGAUCAUGUGAAGAAUGGCAAGGUGGAGACAAGCAACUUCGUAGCACUUCUCCCAGUGAGCAUGGGCUGGACCUAUUAGAUACUACAGAGCUGAACAUGGAGGAUUUCUGAUGGAACUUUGGGCCCCUCCCCUUCUCCAGUUCCCACUUUAAGACCAUGAGUAAACAGAAGGAAGGAGUAAAAUGAAGCAUUACUUUGGGCCCCAGCCGAGUACUUUAAAAGAAAGAGAUUGGCCUUGUUUUUCAAACCUCCAUUUCUUUCUGAAUUGGUGGCUAUAUAGAGAAGCCAUGAGCCCUGUCAUCCUAAUACACCAGAGUGCUAUGCUUCUUUCUGCCUAUUUGCAGGGUUAGAGAGUUGGAUAGGGAUUGGAUAGGGGACUUCACCUCAGCACCAGAGUUUUUUAAACAUUUGGUUUUCUAUGUGGUACUUCUUCCCUGAAACACUGCCAAGCAUAGUUACAAGCUCUCAAUAAACAUGUUCAAAUUAGCUGUUUCCAGGUAUGACUUGAGAUUGUAAUGCUGAUGGAUAUUGGUUUUUUUGUUGUUGUUGUUUUUGUUUUUAUUUUUUGCUUCCGGACACUGUGGCCCCUAUUUAAGUGCCUCCAUACCCUCAGAUAUUUUGUGUAUAGGUCCUCAAGAAUCAGUCAGUGAGAUGAGUGGGACAGAUGGCUAAAGAGAGUUUAGCUGUCUCUGAGCAGUUACACUAAAUAUGAAAGUGUGGGCCAAAGUGAGAGAAGAUGGCACUGAUCGGCAAGUGAGGUAGAGACCUCUCCCAGAGUGCAUGGACUGGUGAAUGUCACCCAGUGGCUCUUCUCAGGGUAGUUUCUUACCCUUAUCCCAAAGAUGUAUAAGUUUUCACUCUCAUGAUAGCUGAGAGAACAAAGAUACAGAAAUUACUGUACAUAUUCAACCCCAAAUCUAAGAACUGGAGAAAAGUGACUAGUUUUCCCUAGCCAGGUCCUACAAGUCCUCUUGCACUGUUCUCUAAUAUGUAUCUCUGGUUAGUUCUCUACUGUAUCUCUCACCUGAUUGCCACAAAAUUGCCUCAGGAGACCUGCCUUCUGGAAACUGCCCAUUUUAAUUCUUUCUCUGCCUCUUGCAGCAGCAUUGGACCUCUGUACUGUUACCAGAUAGACAGUCACAAACAUGAAGCCAACUUGGUGACUUUCUUUCUUUCUUUUUCUUUCUUUAUUAAAAAUUUCCACCUCUUCCCUGCCUCCCUUUUCCCUCCCCCUCC